AUGGCUUCGCCAUUGGGUGCUUGGGAACCUGAGAAACUAGUUCAGCCUGGCUCUGAAAUAAUAUCAAAUCAAAAAUGGGUUAUAAGGUACAAUGGCUGGCUGGAUGCAAUUCACAGGAUUUGGAUGGUAGAAGGGUUCAAGGGAUUCUUUAGAGGAAGCGUCCCCAGGAUAACAUGGUACAUCCCAGCCUCUGCUCUUACCUUCAUGGCUGUGGAAUUCCUCAGGGACCAGUUCAAUGAAAAACUAGACAAUGGAACCAUGCAAGAAGUUGCAAGCUUGUCAAUAGAGAAAAGGGGAUCAUCUCUGCGAGAGGUAACUUAG